GCUUCUAUUGUUUGCGGAUUAUUUAGAAAGUGACUUCAAUAUAAAAAAAAAGGAUGACAUCGCGCACUGGGUGGAUUUUACAAAAAUAUUUUUUGAGGACAAUACUUCAAUGAAUUAUAACAGCGGAUCAAGAAAAUUUGAAAUAAAAUAUCAACUUAUACCUAGGUUUUAUCAGACAUUUUUCGAAUCUGGGGUGACGAAAAUACAGCUAAUAUUAGGGAUCACUCAAGAAUCCAUUCAACAUAACAAUGGAAUAUUGGUAGAGUGCAAGUCAGCUUCAAUAAUGUACCAUUAUGAAAAUGGGAUGCAGGUCGUUGAGACAGGACGCCUGAGUGUCACUUUUGUCAAUAUGAAAAUCACAAAUUUUGAAUUUGAGGCAGAAAAAUAUACUGAGUAUGUUCCAAGGCAACUCUUGAACGAGUUUAUAACAAAUUCUCAGGAGAGUCUCAUAAAUGGACACGGCAUCCCUUACAAGACCAUGCGGUGUCUAGAGGUUGGUGAGGGGGUAGACUAUAUGCAGGAUGUCAUGGCAGUUACAAUUAAUAAUCCAAAUAUAGGACCACUGGAGGCAUUACGGAUCAUUGCGUCCCAAAAUUCUAAUCCAAAUGUAGCAGCGUCAAUGGUUAAUCAUCCACUGGAAAUGUCAAGUUCGCCUUCUCAAUCUGUUUCCAAAAAGGAUACCAAGAAUGACGUAUCGAAUUUCAGUGGUGCACCGCCAACUCCUAAUGCUAAUGACUUACAGACUUCUGCGAGUACCCCAGUAGGAACACCUACUCCAAUACAUACCCCUACACCGACUCCAAAAUCAACACCAUCGCCGCUAGUGAUGAAUAGUGGUGCUAUCGGGUCACCACACCCAAAGCUUUCGGUGAAAUCUCCGGCUUUAGGUGAAAACACUGUCAAAAGACCUAAUGAUGGAGGAUUCAAUGCAAAUAAAAAAAGACCACGGCCAUCCCUAAAAUCUCCAAAAAAGCAAUGA